AUGGCAGAGGAAUCCCAGACCCAGACACACAUGGAGACAAUCCUCUCCACCGCGAAACUCGGCGAGAAGCUCUCCAUCGACCUCCUCAAAUUCUCCGCCAGCUACAACAUCAACCAGCUCAUCAUGUUAAACAUGUCUACAGCAAUCGGUCUGAUCUCCGCAAACCUGCAAGCCCUCUCCCAGAACAUUGAAGCCUUUGGACCAAAAAUUGAUUUCGACGAGGCCCUUACUAAACCGCUGGUCGAGAGCGUCCGAGCCAUCUUUGAGAAAGUGCAGAAGGCGUUGGCGGACGGAUAUGAGGCGGAGAAAAAGCAUGGCGAUGAUUUUGUUAGUCCAGAAAUGGGUAGUGGGGUCCGUCGGUCAAGAUACGAUGCUACACGGAUCCUGCACCAGCAUGCCGGGGUCAUCGCAUUCAACAAGGUGUUUGGUGGGUACCCAGGGGGUGAGAUGUUGAUGUGGAAUCUGGACACGCAGAAGGGUCAUGUUUUCUUUCUUGCGAAAACGAUUCGUGUUCUAGCGUUGAAGAAAAUGGAAGAGGAGGGCACGUUGCCAGACGAGCAGAGAGGCGCGCUCAAGAAAUUCGAUAAAGAGCUUCCCUGGUUACUCAACGAGCUACAGUGGCGCGGGCCACAACUCAAGGAAGUGGCUGCGAAGUGGAAGGCGGGUGAGGAUCUGACAGAUACUCAGUCUAGGAGGAACAGCGAUGUUUCCAUCAUCCCUCGCUACCGAGAGGUAGAUGUUGAUGCCCGUAGCAUCAGUUCCGUGAGUUCGAGGGGAUCUGACGGUUGGAUCGAGGCAAAGGAGAUCUACGAGACUUGGUUCAUUCGAAAAGCCGAGGGAUUAGUGCGCAGAGCGGAUCGCAAUUUCAGUUUCCUCGGUCUGAAAGUCCAUGAAAAUUUUAUCAACCAGAAUUACAGUGCCGAUCCGACACCAUGUUCCCAAGAGGAUAUGAAGAACAGAUAUGAGCGGUCUGAGGCAGAUGGAGGACCGAAAGCCUUGAAGAAGCUGAUCAACAAACUACCCGAGGGAGUUUACCGAGAGAUAGACUUCCUCCUCCAGGAACGUGACAGGAAUUCUAGAGCAUCCAAGUUUAUUCGCAUCUGGAAAAUCAUCGAUGUGAGACCAACUUCGCCUCUCAUACCAAAACAAUCUGGGGGAUGGUUCUCGUGGUUCAAAGGCCAGGAACAAAUCACGGAUUGGAUAGUAGUGUUGAAAGCCAAGAGCCUUAGUGCAGAGGGGCUGGUAUGGCCAACUGCUACGAGCGAUCCAUUCAGGAAGGCACAUGUUCAGGGAAUAGUAGAGAGAAGAAGGAUGCCGGCAUAUCGUGGAAAUCGGGAUUACUCUCCCGAACGCGAAAUUGUGAUUAAUCACCGGCCGACUGGAAGAUAUAAUCGAAGGGUGAUAGCCAAAGAGCCAACUCCUGAUGAAGCUCAUGAAGCGAUCAAGGACCUCAUUUCUGGUAUUGUGGUGUAUACCAAGGAUUCUGAUGGAGAGAAUCCUUUUACUUCGGUUGAGGAAACAAGUUCUUGA